GAGCCCCGCCCGCCAGCAGCUGCGGUGCUAUCAACGUUCGCGCCAGUGGUUGCGCCUUUUGGGUACCUCUGGCGGCUAAUUAGGCCCCCAAACAAGUCACAAGUUGCGAGACCAUGUCGACUCCGCCGGUACUUGGAAGAGGUCAUGGUGGGCUGCCUCAAGGCGUCCUUGGUUGGCACGAGCUGCUGCUGCAAACCAGAUGGCCGUUCUGUCUGAGAUGGAACCUAAGACGGACGCGUAUGAGCACCUCAACUGGUGUGGUGGGUGGGUUUCUGUCUAUACUCCGUGCAUGUAUCUGUACUUGCUACGUACAUAUAGUCCGUCCGCUUGUAGUCGUACGCAGCAGGCUAGAAAAGCACCUACUCUUUGGCACUAUAGCGUAUACUACCUGCAUAGCAGUGCUACUCCGUACACGGCGUGAUAAACGCAUUGGAUGGAUGCGUAAUAAACCAGACUGCCCUCCCAAUGAGCAUCUGACACAGCGGCUAGGGAAUAUCAAGACCCUCCACCCGUCCAAAGUGCGACGCAGCUGCCAGCCAACGAAAGGAGUUCCCGUCCCCUCCUGAUCAGGCGGGACCAAGGUAGACAGACUUGGUAGAAUGCGCCUCUCCCAACCAACAUUUUCCCUUUCCUCUCAACCCUUCGCAGAAGCGUGUAAACGAUAAGAGGACAAUUGUCUCUUGGUCCCAAGCUGGCGUGAAGCGCGCUUGACG